AUGGCUCGUGGAAUCAGACGACGAGGACGCACCUUGCCGUUAGCUGCCCCUGUCACAACGGCCGCUUCUGGUGUGUCAAUCACGGGAGCUCCUCGUGCCCGACGCUCAGCCACCAAGGCAAUCUCUUCCCAGGCUCGCGUGAUGACCACCACCAACCCAGCCAGCGACCCUUUGUCUGUCGUCGAUUCUGAUCCCGACUCCAGCUCAGAGGCUGAUCGUUCUGACUACGGCUCUGCUUCUAAGCCAACCGCGUCCAACAAUCGCAAGGGGGGUUUCAAGAGAAAGGCCAAGAAGGAGGUUGUCAGACCUCAGGGUGAUAAGAAACAGCUUCGUUAUCGUGAGAGUUAUGGUCUAGCUCCGGAGACUCCCCCACUGUCGGCCAAUGCCGACGAUCAUUAUACGGAUCUGUCAAAGCCGUCUGAUGACCAUUUCUGGGCAGACAAAAGAACUGAAAAGAACCAUGCACCUCGACCUAUUGUCCCCGUUGUCACGGUUCAAGUUAACGGCAACGCAGGUGGCUUGGGAACCAUCAACCUCAAUUUGGCUGAUCUUCUCACUUCUGCCGGCCUCAAGCUUGUCCACAACCCACACAACGUUUCGGCUCAAGUCUUGACAUUGGCAGACACAAUUUCAGACACGGACGACGCGUCUGUCCUCACCGACUCUCCUGCCACCACUGAUAAGACUGCCGGCGAGCUUAAAGGUAUCCUAAAGCUUCCACGGGAGCUGCGUGAUCGCAUCUAUCGCCUGACCCUGGUCAGAAAGGCACCCAUUGAAUUCGAUUCCCCUUCAGACUUAAGUAGAUCUGCAGCACUCUUGAGGACCUGCAAGAUCAUUCAUGAGGAAGGCACUGAAGUUUUGUACGGCCAGAAUUCAUUCCAUUUCGCCAGAAGUCGCCAUCAUCGCGGCAAGUACUACGAAUCUUCUUGGCCAGAAAUUGGAUACGAAGAUGUUCGACGCUUCUUCGAGACGAUUGGACCAGUCAACAUCUCCAAGAUGAAAUACAUCUCCUUCUCUAUGACUAAUGGCCAUGGUCGUUAUGGAUCACCGCUGACUGUUCCAUUUCCAAAAUUUACCUACGAUCCACACUUGCAUCGCGUUUUCCGUUUGAUUGGAAAGCAUACCAUCCUGGAGAGAUUUGGCUUCAUGUUUGGAGGUCGUGGCGAAAUCGGUGCUUCCCAUUUUCACCUCUUGAAUGCCAUGACCGAUAUCCAGUGCUAUCAACUUGACAUCAUUGGAUAUUGUGGGGGAUAUCAGAACAGAAUUGGUAGCAGGAUCGAGGAGAAGCUCCGAGAACUCAUGGUUGUCGAGAGAAACGAGGAAGAUGAAGUUGAGCAAGUGAAGAAGAAGGUUUUGGUCCGAAUGGCUUACAGAGACGAGGCCAUUCUUAAAGGUCCGAGUAAGAAGUCAACCUCCAUGGGACACCUUUCACCUUGA